GCUAUGUUUGACGAGAGGGACCGUAUUGUGCGCGAAAAGUGGGUAAAGAUCAUGAAGCUGCGCAUUCUGCGCGAGAAGCUCAACGAGUGCUACCACCGCGAGGGCGUAAAUCACAUGCAGAACUGCCGCGGCCUGGUUCCUGCGCUACCUGAA